CUAACUUUGUACGCCAGAACCAGUUGCAACCAGGAAUUUGCAAAAUUGCUGUGCUCAUCAACGCUGUUUACUGUUUGUGUUAUUGCCGUGAAACCGCCACUGUGCAGCGUCUUCAAAUUCACCGUUGCUAGUGUAUAGUUUUGUGUUUGUGAUUGUUUAUAAAGUUGAUUACAGUUAGAUCUCAAUAUUGGAGUAUCGCGUUGUAGCACUUUUAGGAAUUACGUUCUUUCAACAAAAAGAACUACAUUUGUCUGCUGUCAACAACGUGGGUAACAAUUAACCAUUAGAAUCAUUUGACAACUAGCAAUUGCCCAUCACCAAUAGUUAUUGCCAACUACUAUCAACUUUUCAGUUCACUUUUCUGAUUUGAUAUCACUAAACUUGUGAAAUAUGACGUUCUCCACGCUCCAUUUCGAGGGAGAAAACACUCCUCGUCGUACCGACCGCAACUUGCCAUUGCUGAUGAACUCGCCACAGAGAUCGCCCUACAAUUCGCGUUUAGGCUUGGAAAAAAGUACGCUCUUCACCAAUAGAGAAGGACGCUCUAUUCGGUUCUAUAUGGAGUACCUGGAACCACGGCGUCUCCAUUACAAAGCACUCAUCGAGACCCAUGGUGGGGUUCUUCUCGAUCAUCUGGUCACCGAUUGCUUUUGGUUAUCGACGAAUCCACUCACUGGUCGUCGUAGCUACCGUGUGCAAUACAUUGAUGACUGUGUUCGUUUAGUCACGUUGCAAGACAUUCGUAUAUAUAGUCAUCCUGACUUCAAUAUCGAUACCAAUCUCUUGCACCGUGGUGCUGGUGAUACGACUUCAGGGAUGGAAAUGGAUCCGACAUCUGUAGCUGCUGCUGUCGUCUAUGGUGAUGCUCAGCCGAACCCAAAUCUUUCUUCUGCUGCAGACUUGCCCUCCGACUUUGCUCUAGCAACUGCAAGCACUUCCCUCAGUCCAGGUACUGCUCCAAAGGUCAGAACACAUAACCGGUUCACACCUCAAAAGGAUGCGUUCAUCUUGGAGGAAGUAAGAAAGCAUCCGCGAGCAAGACACAGCCAUGAGUUUUUCCGUAACUUGGCCAAGAAUGAAAUUCUCAAGGGCCACACAGGUAACUCUGUAAGAAGUAGAUUCCGCAAACACUUGGAAGCUGAUUUGCAAUAUGUCUACCAACAAGAAUCAGAUGGAAAUCCUCUGAAGGAUGCACAUGGCAAUUAUAUUCCCACUAAAGAAUUACCCCAGACAUUAAAAAACAAGUACACUGCUGAGGAUGACUACUAUCUAUGCACCGAAGCCAAGAAGUAUAUUUUGGCAAAAGAAAGUGCCAAAGAUGGCGGCGAGGGUAGAGGUAGUGGCAAACUCCCUGAAUUGAAGGUGUUAUUGCCCUAUUCGUUCUUCAGUAAUUUAUGUCGUCCCGACAGAGGGGGUCAAGACGAAGUGGCAGAUUCUGAAAAUAAUCCUGACAAGAGGAACAAGAAACACAUUGGCCAAAGGCACACUUUGCACUCGUGGAGAGACAGAUAUAGAAAGUUCGUAGGAGAUGGAACAAUUGAGAAAUACAUCAAACUGUACGAGGCUAGUGAAAAUCCCAAGCCUUUGGAAAGGCGGGGAGUAAUCAAUUCCUCAUCCUUAAAUAAUAUGACAGGUGAAUUGAGAGAAAUUGUGGGUUCCAAUGCACGGAACCGCGAGGAAAGAGCUUUGGAUGAAGAAAUUGGACAGACCAAAAGUUCAUUAAUAGGAGUUCCCGACUUAAAUAUGUCAGCUGGUGAUGUUUUGGAAUCAUUGGAACCGAUUGAAAGACCUACAAUGAGAGAAAUUGAGGAGGAUGAAGAAAUCAUAGAAGACAUCGAAGUUGAUGACAUAGAGGAUAUUGAAGACUUUCAAGAUGCUUCAACUCAACUAAGCAGUAUACAGGCCAACUUUGAAGAUGCUGUGAAUCCUGGCUCUCAGGAUUCACAGAGUGUGAUGAAGUAUAUUGGGAAAGGUGUCAAAUUUGAAGAUUUGUUUACGGAUCCAUCUGUGUUAAACUACGAUUUGGUCAGCAAACUCAACACUGCCCUCCGUAGCAUUUCAGACGACGUUCAGGAGUUGGCUGAAUGCCUAGAGGAACUUGGAUUCAAGCAAGCAUUAGUAGAGCAUCUCCUCUACUCCACCUGUUGUGAUAAAACGCGGUUGUUUUUUCUUUUCAGACAUAUCUAUAACAACUUACAAGAUAAUCUUGUGCUGGAUGGUCACAUUCCCGUCUAUGAACUUUUGCAACCUCCUGACGAAGGAGGCUUUUGGACGAAGGAACAGGACGACUUAUUGCAAGCUGGCAGGGAUGACGCUUUGGAAGUGCAGAACAAGAGACAGAUCCGGACACGUAGGGAAUUCCUCAAUAAGUUGUGAUAAUUGAAAACUUCGCAUUUGUAUAUUACUAACUAAACUAUUUGUAUAUUAGUCUACUAUUUAACUUGUAA